AUGACACGAACGAAUUUGUUCACAUUUGAUGUCCCCAAGAUUAUAUUCUGUAUUGGGUUAUUAUAUGGAUGUUUAUUAGAUAAAAACUUAACAGCUAAAACAAUUCACAAUUAUGAUACAUUAACCAAACCAGAAAUAUCUCAUCGACAGAAACAGUUGUUCAAGUCGAUCCAUAUACCAGAGAUUGAUUUUGAAGUUUAUGGAGAAUUUCCAACGAUUAAGCACUUUGAUUUAUCUGAAGACGAGAUAACUCCGAAAUAUCAAAAAACGCCACGAUUUCUACAAUCACGAGAAAAGCGUGACUUACAAAAUUCAGAAGGAAAUUUUUUUAGUGAUAAAUAUUCAAUUUUGAUUAAAAGUAGAAUUCAUUCUCCAUUGAAGAAUUGGGAUGAUCGUUUAACUGAUCCACAAUCUAAAAUAUACAAACUGUUGUCAACUAGUUAUUGUGAAUUUCUACUACAAAGUUUCCAGCAUGCGAAUACAAGUCGAUUAAAACAGCCAGAAUGUACGUUUUUAGAAUUCACAAAAGGUUCUAUUGUACUCAACGCAAUCCUGACAUUUAAUGAAGCUAAUUAUUCGCUAUUAUCUCCUCAAGACCUAUCAAACUUAUUGAUAAAAGGCAGCAAGGAAUUGAUAGAUUCCAUAGUUAAUGAUAAAACAUUUUCUUUAGGAUUUAAUUUCAAUGGAGAUUUUUCACUCAGAUUGACUGAGAUAAAAGAAGAAAGUGAUGUAUUACUUCCAACAUCACAACCGGUAUCAUCAUCAUCAUUACCACUUUCGAUGUCGACGACAACAACAACAAUGAUUUACGCAGAUGAAAUGUACUCAUACAUGAGGAGUUCUAUGGAUGAAGUUCAAUCACUUGUGAAUUCUAGAAGUGAUUUUAUGUAUACAGAAAAAUCAUUGGGAUCGACAUUACCUUAUAGUGAACAAGUUGAUGAAACUUUAGAUUCGACGACAUAUAGUGUAGCCUUGAAUUUUACAAUUAAAGGAUCUAAUAGUUCACUAACAUGGGAUGAUGAUCUACUGAACACCACUUCAACUACUUAUCAAGAACUAUAUCGAAAUGUUUGUGAACUACUUUUAGCAGUCAUGAGGUCAAUUUUAUCAUCUCAAUGGAUUGUUGAAUGUGGUACCAUACAAUUCAAAAAAGGCUCCAUUGACGUUGAUGCUGAGCUUAUUUUGACAGUGAAUUCAUCAUCAAUUAAUGCAACAUCUGAACCUACAUCAACUAUAUUAAAUGAUACUAAUAUAAUCACAGAAAUAAAUGAAUAUGUUUCAACAGUGGAUCAAAAUGAUACAUUUGAAAUUUACAUUGAUCCAAAUUCAAGUAUUUCAUUAUCAUUGAUAGUGAUAAGUAUGGAAUCAACAAUAUCUUAUGACACUCAGGUGAUACAAGAUGUCACAUCGUCUGAAACAAAUGACGAGGAUUCUGAUCCAAUAACAAUGGAAACUAAUCUAUUAGAACUGACAAAUGAGUCCACGGUUGGCGAAAACAAUUCAACUGACACAAGUACAUUGGUCAUUGAACAAAAGAAAUCAACAGAGAUGCCAUACACCCCAACAUUAGGAGCAACUGAUAGUUUAAUAACAUCAAUUGUAUCUAGGAUUUCAGAAGAAACGCCAGAUACUACUCUGUUAGCACAAACAUUCACUGAUGACAUGUUUCUAGAUUUUCCACUUAGUGUGUAUUCAACAAGUACAGCAAUCUCAUCAACGCUGACUAGAUUGAACAAGCCUUUGGAGUGGAAUGACAGUUUAUUGGAUCCCAAUUCCGAUUUAUAUCGAGAUUAUUCAACUCAAAUUUGUGACCUGCUUUUGCACAGCACCCAUUCAACUUACAUCAAGGGAAUAAUCAAUGUCACUUGCACAGUUGUUGGCUUCUCACGUGGAUCAGUUAUUGGAAAUGUAGUGUUAGUCAUUGAUUACAGUAGCACUAGUGAGAACUUUUCAUCAACUGAAGUGACAGUAAACACUGUUCGCAAUGCGGUUGUGGAAUACAUAGCAGAAAUAGUUGCCAAUGGUUCAGAUCAAAUAUACUUCGGUACAUCAAGUGGUUUGACAAUAGAAACUGUAAUCGAUGCGGCAACCACCGAGAUGAUCACUGAAUCUCAGGAUACCGAAGCUUACAAGACUACGGGCGGUAUUUUUCUAUAUGAUUCAGGUGAUGUUUAA